GUCACAGACGCAAAGACUGCUGGUACUACGCUGUCAUGGCUCCGAACGUAAACAGAAAGCURUGAACUACGAUUAUUUUUGUUGUAGCGUUUUGUCAAACUUUAUUCAUUUAUAACCUAGGAAAGAAGAGAGAGGAUGAGCUAGCAUGUCCGGGGUAAGCAAGGCCGUUGAGUUCCAGCUUCAGGUGAAACAAAACUCGGAGGAUCUGCAGAGCUUCAUGAAGGAGCUGGAAAGCUGGGAGAAAGACAUGAAGAAGAAAGAUGAGGAGCUGAGGACGGGGGGAGUCCAAGAGAAAACACUCCCACCUGUGCGCAACAAAGACUACAAAACAAAGAAAAGGGAAAAGAGAAAGAAGAAGAAGGAGCCUGGAGAUUGUGACAAAUCAGAGGAGUCUAACAGGGACCCUAGGCUGAAAUCAUACGACUAUCGUUCAUGGGACAAGUUUGAUGUGGAUAAAGCUCUAGCAGAAAUCGACAAGGAGGACUGUCUCGCUGAUUCAAACGAGUCGGACUCAGAGGACAACGCAGCUGAUCAGGAGAAAGCUCUGGCUGAGAAGGAACAGGGUAACAAGUUCUUCAAAGAUGGGAGGUACGAYGACGCCAUCGAGUGUUACACCAGAGGGAUGGCUGCAGAUCCGUACAACCCUGUUCUCCCCACAAACAGAGCCACGGCCUUCUUCAGGCUGAAAAAAUCCUGGGACGUCAGGGUGACCCGGGUGAGGGGGAGCAGCCGGCGGAGGCUCCAACGGUCCAUCCUGAUGARCAGAGACGAGUGGAGGAGCAGCAGAGGAAACAGGAGGCGGUUCUUUACAAAGACAGGGGGAACUCCUACUUUAAAGAGGGGAAGUACGAAGCAGCUGUAGAAUGCUACACUAAAGGCAUGGAGGCMGACAACAUGAACGUUCUUCUUCCUGCCAACAGAGCCAUGGCCUUCCUCAAGCUGGAGAAGUAUCAGGAGGCAGAGGAGGACUGCACCGCUGCCAUUUCCCUGGACCCCUCCUACUCCAAGGCUUUCGCCCGCCGAGGCACCGCCAGAGCAGCUCUGAGGAAACUGGAGGAGGCCCGAGAAGAUUUUCAGCAGCUGCUAAAACUGGAACCAGGAAAUAGACAGGCCCUGAACGAGCUGCAGAAACUCCAGAUUGAGACGGGUUGUCCUCACCCAGAGGACACGUCACAGAGGAGAACAGUCCAGCCAAUAGACAAACCAGAACACCUGCGUUCAACUAAAGCUCUGAGGAGGAUCCACAUCGAGGAGAUCAGCGGGGAGCUWCCUGUCCUUGAGGUGGAGUCCUCCAGUUCUUCUGUCCAGGAAGUGGAGAGGAAGACCGAGGAAGAGUCCUCUCCUCUGUCGAUGUCUCCCAGCGCCAAGAUGAUCAAGAUAGAGGACACGACGGACGCACCUGAUGACAGAACCUCCAGACAACCAGCGCAGGAGGAAACUUCUCAACCACCUGAACCGUCAAGCCCCGCCCCCUUGACUGAGACAGACGUGCCUCCUCCACCCGCCAGCGCCUUCCAGCUGGAGUCCGACCUCCGAAGGAUCAGAAACCAGCCGGAGCUGGUCUACAGAUACCUGCGGCAAAUCAAACCUGAAGCUUACAGCAACAUUUUCAAGAACUCUCUAGAACCGGACCUCUUCAAUCAGAUCCUGAAGACGCUGCGAGAUUUCUUCAUGCAGAGUGAAGCUCCGGCGGCCAUCUUGGACACCCUCAGCAGUCUGGCGAGCGUACGGCGCUUCGACAUGACCGUCAUGUUCAUGUCGUCCCAGGAGAAGGAAGUACUCAAAGAACUGUUCGACUUCCUCCUCCGGUCUGAGCUGGACCGACCCGCCGUCAUGGCCCUGCAGAAGAAGUACGGAGUCUGAAACUCAGACUCAAGAAGAACCUGCAAACUGAAAUCCCGGACAGCCGAUUUCCAGUUUACAGACGACCUCAGCACGGUUUGAAGGAUGGUUGGGUCUUUGUGGGAAGUCAGAGCUGYUGAAAUGUUCUGCUAAAUAUAUCCGGACAGAACCAGAUUAGACCGGACUGAACUGUAAGAGGACGAGUGUUCGUACAAACCAAARCAGAUUGUGUCAUUUUAAAACACCAAUAAAUGUUUGAGUUUGAGUACGUUA